AACAAGAAUACUGCCUGCCAAGAACCAAACGGUCAACAGCAUACAUCCACCUCACGAGGAAAUUCCCAUCUUGAUGUCGACCUACCUCAGAACUCACCAUCCCAAGCUCAAGCUCACACUCAUCAACUCACUAGCAAGGAACGGAAGAACUCAGGAGCUGAUAGCCAGGAGGAACCUGAGCACCAACCCAACCAGUACACAGACCAGCCCAUUCAUCUCCACCCUACCAAAGAGGACAACAGCUACCCAAGAACCACAUCCAAGGACAAAGACUAACAAAACGAGCGCAAGCAAGAUAUCAAAAUCAGAAACAACCAGAAACCAACCUCAGAAUCACUCAGCCAGUCUUCACUCAUCAGGAUCAACUAAUCUACCACCGAGCAGGAAGAAACUUACGACAAGCAACCAUGAUAAUCAUCAUCCCAAGAGGACUCACAAACAUUCCAGUAGUACGAACAACCAACUCGAUUCACCUAAAGCACCCAGAUCGAUCACCCCAUUCUCAACAUUAAGUAAACGAAAUGGAAAACGUGGACAGGAGGAAGAUGAACAAGACUCCCUAGCCACGGAUCGAUUGACCAAGAACCCAUCCCUAGAUCUCACACAACUACCCGAACCAAGCUCUUCACAGACAACCCAACCAUAUACCAGCUUCUCAUUCUCAUCCUCCUCCAUCCCCUUCGAGGCCGUCACACCCAGCGCACCACAACCACCAGUAGCCACACUGGCCCAUGGCCUUUCCCGAGUGCUAUUUAACCCUGGCGUGCAUUGGCUCCAAGAUCCGCGCACAUUGGUCUAUAACUUCGAUCAUCGUCUCCAGGACCUCGUCGCUCCCGAUCAGUUCAACUUCGACGCCCUAACGCCUUACGUCACCAGCUCUAGAGAUGAACAACUCGUCCAACUCGCCCAUCAAAACUUGCGUAAAUAUUGCGGUAGUACUAGUAGUAUGACCCAAACUCUAAGUCAGAUCUACCUCAUGUUAAACGGAAACAAACCUUUGAAUAUCGGCAUGCUGACCGCUAAUGCAGCUUCGACAAAGAAAAAAGUCGAAUUCACUCCUGGUGCCAAAAUGCCCGCUUCAAUCAUUCUCAAAUAUGAUCCCGAAACAAAACGAUAUUCGAUCGAUUCAGAUAAAUCGUUUGAUACUGAAACGGAUUGUCCAGAUUCAACAAUUCUCUCAAGUCUAGGCCAUGUCUUGGAGAAAUUCUUCGUUUUACCAUAUGAGGAGUUUGCGAAACUGUUGAAGAAGAACGCGAAUUUACUAGAUCCAUCGAAGCCGAAACUACGGGAGGCGUAUGCGUUUGCCAAAACAAAUCUGUUGAUGACUAGAUCCCAACUGGAUUGCUAUCAUCAUUAUUUGCCCGGAAACGGUACUUUCGAUAUCAAGACCCGUGCGACGAUUGCUAUCAGGCAUGAUCGGUUGAACCAUGCCAACGCAGCAGGGUAUCAAAUACGUACUUCUCAAGGCCCAUUAGAAUCUUUUGAAAGAGAAUAUUUGGAUUUGAUCCGAUCAGCGUUCUUGAAAUACCAGUUCCAGGCAAGAAUAGGACAAAUGGAUGGAUGUUUUGUCGCAUACCACAAUACCCAACGCGUCUUCGGAUUCGAAUAUCUUCCAAUCUCUAAGAUGGAUCAAGCCUUGUUUGGAAACUCACAAGAAGGCGAUAAAGUCUUCAAGUUAUGUUUGGGUUAUAUGGAACGGAUUCUUGAAGACGCUACUCAAGCAUAUCCUGAACAGUCACUUCGAAUUACUACUUCUGCCAAAAGCCACGGAAAUUUGUGGGUGUUUGUUUCGCCGGAUCAAGGGGAAAUCACAAGUCGAGAGCCUCCGGAAGAUUACACGACGUUCCAUUACAAGAACUAUAAUUACCUAGAUGGGGAGAUAGUUGAGGAGUCUUACAUUGACAUUGAGUCGAGUCAUCAGGCGCGGAUCGUACGAGGUGGAGGACUGGAGGACAAGGAGUUUGGGGUGGUGAGCUCGGAAGAAGAUCGAGAGAAGAUAGAUUGGUCGAUCUUUUGCCAGACAUUCAAGUACCCUAGGUCGGAGGAACUCGACCAACUCUAUCGGUCGAUCCGAAAGAUCCAGUUUGCGAUCUCUCAGUUAGUCUUACCGGAGGGCGUUGAUCGACAACUGAUGCGGAUCGUGAAUUGGCCAGAAACGGCCAACGAGCUACAAGAAUCGAGCACUAGCGACGAUGAUCUGUCUCCAUCCUCAUCAUCGCCCUUGGGAUCAUCACCCAAGACACCGACAAGCCCGGCCUCUUCUACUCACACUUUCGUCCCCACACCAGGAAUCAAAUACAAGACCGAGGUCUCUAAACUCGUCAAACAUCUUCGUUCGAUUGCUAAGGAUGGUUGGAAGUUUCAACACCAACUCGUCGAGGCUCAGAAAGACCAGAAAGUUAUCAGUCUUAAGCCUGCGGAAUUCUCCAUUCAAGACCGGCAACCUUCUCUCUCUAAUCGUCUUCCCUCUACUAGUCCACCUUCUUCCUCGACUUCCUCGGCUUCCCACUCCAACUCCGAUUGGCAGAAUCAUCUCAUCGCUCAGGAACGUCAAAGACAAAUUAAGGCUCUUGAUAUCUUAUCUUCUGUUAAAUCUAACACCCAGUAGUCCUCUUUUUUGCCUAAUAAAUCCAACCCCCCCCCCCCCCCCCAAAGUGAUAUCUUUCUCAUUCAAGUUUUUUGUUCUUCUUUGAUUGGUCGUCGAGUAACCUAGAAUUUGAUUCCCAAAGAAAGAAAAGAAAGAAAAUCUAUCUGGCU